AUGAAUAAAUUCGGAUAUUAGAAUAACAUCCAAAAAUAUAAAUGGUUUCAAAGUACUAAAUCAAAAAAUCGCAGUUUCUAUCGACACAGAACUCCUAUGAUGAUCAUCAUUUUUGGUGCCCCAAGCAUAGGAAAAUCUCUAUUAGCAAAUUACUUAGCAGAAAGGCUUAAUAUCUCAAAUGUCUUGCACACUGAUAUUGUUGAAAUGGUUAUGAGGAGUAUAAAUCCAGAACAAUUCACUUAUGAUGAAAAUCAGGAUUUCAUUACAAAGUUUAAGAAGGUAAAAGAAUUAGAAUUAAUUAAGAGAAUUGCAGAUUGAUCAGAAGAGGAAUUUCAACUGAUAUAUCUAAAUUUUUAUCUGAGGGGAAAGCAGUCAUUAUUGAAGGAAGUGCAGCAAUGCCAGAAUAUUAUUUAGAAGCUAUUGAUCAAUAAGAUCCCGAGGAUGAUCAACAAUAAUUUCAAUUAAUUGCAAGUUUCACUUAAAAUGAUAUUAAACUCAAAAAACCUCAAAGAAAGGAUUUGAUACUUUUUAAUCAUUAGAAAAAAUUAAACACACAAUUUAAAAUCAUCUUCCCAUAACCAGAUUUAGAUGUUGAAAAUUAAUAAUAAAUUUAAAAAUAAUUAAAUUUAUGUAAAGAUUUGGAUAAAAUUGUAAAUCUUUGAUAAAUUCAAUUAGGAUUAAUCUCAUUCUAUGAUUUUAGGUUUCUUGCCAAUCUUAUCUAGAAAUGACCACUUACAUAAUAUUAAAAAUAACACGAGUAAGAAGAUACCAAAAGACUAAAUAGAAGAAAAAUUAAACUAAUUUCAAUCUAUUCAAAAUGAACUAUUAAAAUAAAGAAGCAAAUGCAUUCUCUUACCUAUAAAUUGA